ACAACAUAUAUAAACGAUGAUUUCUUUUAUGUUUGUUAUUUUCUUAAUGUAAGGAAAAAGUUGAUAUCAGAAAUAUUCUUGAAUUCCAAGUUUGACCCCUUGGAUACAACAAAAUAUAUCAACCUAUAUCAACGUUAGAGAGAUGAUGAUUGAUGAUGUGAAAUCAUAUUUUCCUUUUCGAUCUUUAAAUUCCAAAACAAAAGGCACUGUUGGGCUGCUCCCUAUUAGGUGAAAAACUCACAGAAACAAUACAUCUCACUUUCUUUCCAUCACUAUCUCUAUAUCUUCUCCCUCUAAAUGCAUAUCUCAAUUAUAUAUAUCUUGCUUUGAACACUGCAUGCUCUCACACUUUGUUGCAACUAUCCAAAAGACAAAGUGUAUACAAGAGAACCUUCUUGUCACGCCUCUCUUACUUCUUUCUUGUGGUCCAUUAAAACCCUAGUUUUUUCUUUUAUUUCUCCAUUUAUAUUAGAUCAUAUAAAGUUCAUGCUUUUUAACCAUCUCUCAUAUCUCCUUAUAUAUACUAAGAUGCACAAGAACUGAAAACAAAACAAAAGAAAUGGAAUGGUCAAUGACAAGCAACGUAGAAAACGUGAGAGUUGCUUUUUUGCCGCAGCCAUGGCCGGAGUCGAGCUCCUUUAACUCGCUUCAUAGCUUCAACUAUGAUCCUUAUGCAGCAGGAAAUUCAUACACCCAGACCGGACCGGUUAUAUCUGUACCGGAAUCAGAAAAGAUCAUCAAUGCGUACCGAUAUCCAAGCAACAAGAACGAGAUGACAAAGAAGAAGAGACUAACGAGUGGACAGUUAGCUUCACUUGAACAGAGUUUUCAAGGAGAGAUCAAACUAGACUCAGACAGGAAGCUGAAGCUGUCUAGAGAUCUUGGUUUGCAGCCACGUCAGAUAGCGGUUUGGUUCCAAAACCGCCGUGCACGAUGGAAGGCGAAGCAGCUCGAGCAACUGUACGAUUCUCUUAGGCAAGAGUACGACCUCGUUUCUAGAGAGAAGCAGAUGCUACAUGAGGAGGUCAAGAAGCUGAGAGCUGUACUAAGAGACCAAGGACUGAUCAAGAAGCAGAUAUCCGGUGGGGAAGACACGACGGAGCUUCCCUCGGUGGUGAUAGCUCAACCAAGAAUGGAAAAUCUACACACCAAUCCACUCACUGGAGUAAAUCAGAUUUACGGUAUUGAUCAAUGCAACAAUCCAAUGGUCGUUGCUUCCUCUAGCUGGCCGCCUUGCCAGUGAUAGCUGUUGCUGAUCAUAGAGACACAGAGAGAGACGCUCUCGGACAGGGCUUUAGACUAGGCAGGGACUUAAAGUGGUGUUAAUUAGACUAAGACAAGCUUUUGCUCAUCGUACGGUUUUAAAACAUAAAUGAAACGUGCUUGUGUCCCAAACCCAAAACUAUUUUUCAUUCCACAGUAUAUGGUUAUUUGAAACUUGCAUUUGCAUUUCUGUUGCUUGGCCGCAACUUCUGGUUUAUUUGCUUUCUUAUUAUUCUUUGACUUCUUGCCACUUCCUUAGUUAACUGUACACACAAUAAAGAAUUAAAGAUACUGUAAUAGACAUGCAAAUGCUUACAGUGUCGCACAUAAUUUUAGGCAACAGCUAAAUGAAAUAGAAAAUAAAACCUAGAACACAUGCAAACUUCUCUUUGUUCCCUUAUUUUACCCCAAACUUUUAAAUUCUAUCAAUUUCAACCCGCAACAACAAAUCCCAACCCCAAAAGAACUCUUGUAUAUUGACAACUUACAACUAUAUAAU